AUGUCCGUCCAUAACUCCAGUGAUUCCAGCGAACUAGAGAAAGCCUUGGAAGACGAGAUAAAAGAGUGGCACUUCCAUAUCUACUUCCACCAGAACAACGUAGAGGAACACCACGAUGCAUUAAGUCUUCGUGAUGCAGUGCUCCGUCUUAGAAGGGACGGAGCCUUCGUCGCAGUUCCUUUAUUUCGUGUGAAUACGUCUCCGAUUGGGCCACACCCCGUAGGAUCCUACGAGAUAUGGGUUCCGUCAGAGAGCUUCGCCCAGGUCUUUUCUUAUCUUUGCAUGAACCGAGGCCGACUCAGUGUCCUGGUGCAUCCUUUGACCCGUGAAGAGGUACGCCCCAUAUAUAGAACUCGAACUGUGGACCACGAAGUCCGUAACGCGUGGAUUGGUCCCUCUUUCCCACUGGAUCUGUCCGGCUUGCCACUCAAGAGCGAGGACCUACCCUUGCAGUAUCCAAGCCUUAAAUUGGGAUAUUCCUCAACUAGGCCUUCCUUGACACUAGACCAGAGGCGGCGUCUAGGUGACAACGUGGAGAAGUUGUUAUUGAACGAGAAGUAUGCCGCACGGGCUCCGCCUAGGGAUUAG